AUGGGUCUUGAAGGUGGCUCUUUUACCUUGACAUCAAGAACCAAUAGUUUCAAGAGAGAUCAUACUAAGCACCAGAAUUCUCCUAAGAUAAAUCUGAGACCUACUAUGCAACGCUCGUUGAGUUUCAACAGCUGGGAAGUUCCAAAAGAGACCAAUACUGAUUCAGAUUUUGAGGUCUUGGAGACAAAGAAGUCAACUCCAAGCACUCCGAAUGGAAGAAACUGUGAGAGAAUCCAAAUAAAUAAACUUACAGUAACUCCACCUGAGCCUUUUGUGUUCUUCUCUCCUAGACCGGUCACCGAGCUUGAUGCCGCUGCAACUAUGGUACAAAAGGUGUACAAGAGUUACAAAACAAGAAGGAACUUAGCAGACUGUGCUGUCCUUGUUGAGGAGCUCUGGCAGAAGAGCUUGGAUGCUGCAGCUCCAAAAUUGAGCUCAAAUGAUUCAGAUUUUAAGGUUUUUGAGACAAAGAAGUCAACUCAUAACAAUCUGAAUGGAAGAAACUGUGAGAGAAUCCAAAUAAAGAAACCCACAGUAACUCCACCAGAGCCUUUUGUGUUCUUCUCUCCUAGACCCGUCACCGAGCUUGAUGCAGCUGCAACUACGCUACAAAAGGUAUACAAGAGUUACCGGACGAGAAGGAACUUAGCAGAUUGUGCUGUUCUUGUCGAGGAGCUCUGGUGGAAGACUCUUGAUGCUGCAGCUCUGAACCUGAGCUCUGUGUCUUUCUUUGAAGAAGAGAAGCAUGAGCCUGCUGUUUCAAAAUGGGUACGAGCUAGAACACGAGCCGCUAAGGUUGGGAAAGGCUUGUCAAAAGAUGAAAAGGCUCAGAAAUUAGCUCUUCAGCAUUGGCUUGAAGCGAUUGACCCACGUCAUCGUUAUGGCCACAACUUGCACUUCUAUUAUGAUGUCUGGUCAGAGAGCAUGAGCUCACAGCCAUUCUUUUACUGGUUGGAUAUAGGAGACGGCAAAGAUGUAAAUCUUGAGAAACAUCCAAGAAGUGUGCUGCAAAAGCAAUGCAUCAGUUAUCUCGGACCAAUGGAGAGAGAAGCAUAUGAAGUGAUUGUGGAAGAUGGGAGACUAAUGUACAAACAUAGCAUGACUCUGAUCAACUCAACUGAUGAAUCAAAGUCGAUUUUUGUACUUAGCACGACUAGAACCUUAUACGUAGGGAAGAAGAAGAAAGGCGUUUUCCAGCACUCUAGUUUCUUGUCUGGAGGAGCCACGACAGCUGCAGGAAGAUUGGUGGCCCAUGAUGGGAUUCUUGAGGCUAUAUGGCCAUAUAGUGGACACUAUCUCCCAACAGAAGAAAACUUCAAGGAGUUCAUAAGUUUCUUGGAGGAACACAAUGUUGAUCUCACCAAUGUUAAGAGAUGUGCUGUGAAUGAAGAAUACUCGUCUUCAUUCAAAUCCACUGGAGACGAAGAAGAAGAACCAAAAGAAACCUCAGAAGAAGUUGAGAUACCUUCAGAGCAAGAAGAGAGAGCUAGACCAGUGUUUGAUCCUGCGAAGAGACUUUCUUGUAAAUGGUCAAGUGGAUAUGGUCCAAGAAUUGGGUGUGUUAGAGAUUAUCCAAUGGAGCUACAAGCACAAGCAUUGGAGCAAGUCAAUCUCUCGCCUCGUGUCUCACCUGCCAAUUCGUAUGGACCUAUUCCAUCUCCAAGACCGAGUCCUAAAGUAAGAGUCUCUCCACGGUUGGCAUACAUGGGGAUCCCAAGCCCGAGAGGUGUAAAAUGCUAA